AUGGACAAUUUAAAACUUCGAGAACUUUUACCAGUUGAAGUAAUUCAUUGUCCUUCAUCUUAUGGGUUAUGUAUAGAACAUACUGAUAAUUGGAAGAUUGUACCAUGCGAAGAACUUGUACGUCUUGGUAAAAAUGCCACGUUGUUAAUCCACGAGGCUACAUUUGAAAAUGAUUUAGCACAAGAAGCAAAAAUUAAACGUCAUAGUACUACGGAAGAGGCUGUUCAAGUUGUGCCAAUAUUUACUGAUGAUCAUGGAUAUGUGGGUAUAAGUUUUGAUUUGAUGGAAGUUAACAUUGGUGAAUUGUACAAACUUCCAAAAUACGUGGAGGCUCUUAAAGUGUUAGAUCCUGUUGAAAUGGGGGAAGCUAAAGAAGAAGAAACAU